GUGACAAUCCGACAUUUCCACGUUCAACGAUUCUUAGAUUUGGGGAGGGCUUGUUUGCUGAUGAGGGUUUCGUGAGGGGUCUGGUGAUGAUGGCCUGGCAGAGGUUUUUGGAAGGCUUGGCCUAUAUUUUGUUGCCAUGAAGGCAGUUACAUCUUUGUACCGAAGCAUAUAUUGGUAAUUUGGUUGAAGUCUGAAUGGAGGACAUUAGUGUCAUCUUAGUCAAGGAAAUUUCUGUCUUGAACUUCCGAAGUUUGUGAAUGCUCCAUAGAAAAAGUUCGAAGGAACCCUGUCAUUUUUUUGUGUGGAAAACGGCUUUGCCUGUUAUCCCCGAGACGGAGAGGAUACUGUCUCCACAGCCUAGAAGUGCGUGAAUUCAAACACUCCUUAUUAGGGUUCUUUCGGAAGUUUCAGGCUCGAAGAAGUCGCCCAAAGUUCUAUUCCGCGUUCGAUGCCUCCGAUCUCUUUUCCCAGGUCCUCUUCGUUGCCGUUCUUUCAACUGCACGCCAUGUUCAACUGAAAAGAACGGCAAGAAAUGUUUAAGGGAGGUUGCUUUCUGAAAAUUGGAUUGAAGAGAAACGGGUUGAUCGCUGUCAAUUGUUUCCCGCACCACCUCCCUUCGAAAUGCCUUCUCUUCUCAACAGCCAUUUUCGAACGGCAGCCACAUCCCCAUUUGCUUAAUGGUGAUCUGCGUUGUAACACGAGCAUCUCUUCUUCUUCUUCCCCUUUACUCGUCUUGGUGGACUACCUGGUCAAUUCGUGGGGCUUCUCCCUUGAAAUGGCUGAAGCCGUCGCGACGGGGUUAGGCAAGCUAAAGACCAUCCAUAAACCGAGAUGCGUUCUCAAUUACCUGAGGGAAUCCGGUUUUGAAGAUGCCCACAUCAAGAGACUAGUCGCUUUCAGGCCUAAGCUUCUUGUGGCGAAUGUAGACAGGACCCUGAAGCCCAAACUCAAGGUUUUCCAGGACCUGGGUUUUCCGGGAAACGAGAUAGGGAAAAUAGUUGCGGCAAACUCUUCGCUUAUCGUACGAAGCUUCGCGCCGUCGGUGGAUUUCCUCAGGACCCUCUUCUGUGGGGAUGAAGACGUAGUGAGGAUCAUUAGGAGAUCCAGGUAUCUUCUUUCGCACGACUUCUCAAGAGAAAUGCCUCGAUGUAUCUCCGUUUUGCAGAAGCACGGAGUUCCCCAACGAGUUACAUCCAGGCUCAUACAGCUAAACCCUUGCUAUCUUUUACAUGACCCAAUUUGGCUCGAGGAGCGCGCCCUGAAGGUUCUUCAGUUGGGCAUUGAUCCUUCUUCUGCUGUGUUUGCUCAUGCUCUCCGCGUGGUCUGCAGCUUGAAUGAAUCCAGUUGGAAUGCUAAAAUUGAAGCCUUCAAGAGCUUCGAAUGGACGGAGGAUAAUGUGGCGUCUGCCUUUCGUUCGACCCCAUGUUGCUUCUCGGUCUCCGAGGCAAGCAUCAGAGCUAAAUUGGAAUUCUUCAAGAGCCAACUCAAUUACGACGCGUCUUUUCUGGCUUCCCAUGCUUAUCUCCUCUGUUUCAGCUUGGAGAAGAAGCUCAUUCCACGUUACAAUUUCUGUCGGGCGUUUAACUCGAAGAAGAUUAGCAAGAAAGACAUUUCCUACAAAAUUGGUUUUCGACUGACUGAGAGGGAAUUCAGGGACCGGUACGUUCUUCCGUACGAAAAUGUUGUUCCUGACAUUUGUGAAGCUUACUUGAAGAGCGUGAGGGAAAAUAACUAGGAAGGGGAGGGGUGUUUCUUCAGUGUUGGUUUCUCUUUUGCAUUGAUCUCCUGUCACCCAGCUGUCCUUCGUUUAGCAAUUUGAGCUAUUCGCGAAGAAACACAUCCAUGUUGCCGCUUCAGAAUUUUCUUUCUGUGAUUAAGGAUGUACGUGAAGUUUAUUUACUUGGCAGAAACUGCUUGUUCAGGAGUUGAUUGUUCUUGUCCUGCUAAGUAAUUUAAUUUACGCAUGCUGUUGCAUUUUAGCGAGAUCAGCAGGCUGCAAUGUCGUCCUCUGCUUAUUUUCAUGUCGUUUUAUGGAUCAAAUUCUCGAUGUGCUUCUUUUC